AUGCCUCGAUCACCCCGUCGUUCCAGGUCACCGGAAGGUAGGAGAAGCAGUCAUAAGGGACACAGAAGUCCUUCUCCAUCACGGUACGAGCGUUCUUACGGUGGAUCGUCGAGGAGGUCUGACGAUAGAAAAGGUUCUCGAUAUGACGACGAGCACUAUACAUCAAGAGACAGAGAAAGAGAAAGAGACAAGGAUAGGACUAGAGAUAGAGAUAGAGAUAGAGAAAGGGAUAGAUAUCGUGGUGAGGAUGAUCGUGAUAGACGAAGAAGAGAUGAGAGGGAUGACAGAAGACGUCCCGAUGAUAGAGAUCAACGAGAUCGUGACCGUGAACGGGAACGAGAACGAGAUGAUCGUCGUAGAGAACCUGAAAGGAGAGAUGUAGCAUCUCGAAUAAAUGGUCGUACACGUUCACCUUCACCCGUUCGAAAAGCACCUUCAUCUCCGGCCGUCAGAACUCCCAUAACGGAUAUCGGUACACCCGCAAGCGGUUCCCCUGUACCUGAAACUGAAGAGGAUAAGAAAAGGAAAGCGAAAGAACGCUUAGAAGCUUGGAAAAAACAAAGAGCAUUGAAAGAAGGUAAAACUACCACAAAUACAACUACAUCAACCCCUGAACCAACUCCAAAACCUACAACAACUAUAUCAAGUCCCGCCCCUCCUCUCAAAUCUGGAUUACCGAAUAAGCCUACCGCAUUCUCUUUAUCUCGUAUUGGACUUCCAUUGAAAGCUGGACCUACACCUUUGAAACGUUCUUUAGCAGCUACACUAGACGACGAGGAAACGUCAGAUAGGAAACUGCCGAAUCUGGGAGAUUUACCUGAAUUUAACCCUGAAGUACAAAGUGGAGAAGCUGCUCAAAUAGAUGCUAUUGGAGAUGAUAUGGCCAUUGCCGAAGGUGACGAAAACGAACAUGAUGAUAUCAAGCCUGAUGUAACCGGAAACGAAAACGGAGAUGGGCAUGAGAAUGUGGUUGAAUCAGAUCAAAUGGAGAUUGAUAAGAAGCCCGAAGAGGUAAAAGAGGAGGAGGAAGAAGAAGAUCCUCUAGACGCUUUUAUGAGGAAUAACGUGGAUCAAGUGGUGCAAGUGGAUACUGCGGAUGUUAAGAGAAUGGGAUUAAGGCAAACUGGAGAUGAAAGUGAUGAUGAGGAAGAAAAAGUAAAGGUUGAAGACAAAUUGGCUGAAGCAGAAGCUCUUUUACAGCAAGCAGCUGCCAAAUCCCGGAAGAAGGAUUUACCACCUCCAGAUCACUCCAAAAUUGAUUAUGAGCCUUUCCGUAAGGCCUUCUAUAAUCCACCUGUUGAAGUGGCCGAAUUAGAUGAAGAGGAUGCAGAACUUUUGAGACUGGAGAUGGAUGGUAUCAAGAUCAGGGGACAAGACGCACCCAAACCUGUGAAAAAUUGGGGUGCUUACGGUCUUCCAACGGGAUGCCUCGAUGUUAUACGUCAUCAUGGUUGGGAAACUCCAACAUCCAUUCAAGCUCAGGCUAUUCCCGCUAUUAUGUCAGGUCGAGACGUCAUUGGUAUCGCGAAAACAGGUUCAGGUAAAACUGUCGCUUUCCUCCUUCCUAUGUUCAGACAUGUUCGAGAUCAAAGGCCAGUCACAGGUAAUGAAGGUCCCAUAGCGGUAGUUAUGUCUCCUACUCGAGAAUUGGCAACUCAGAUUUACAAGGAAUGCCAAUCGUUCAUGAAACUUCUCAAUAUCAGAGUCACAUGCUGUGUUGGCGGUUCGUCCAUUUCUGAAGAUAUAGCAGCGAUGAAGAAAGGAGCAGAAGUCGUCGUUUGUACUCCUGGACGAAUGAUUGACCUCCUCACAGCAAAUAAUGGACGUGUCACGAAUCUCCGAAGAACGACUUACAUGGUUAUGGACGAAGCCGAUCGCAUGUUUGAUAUGGGCUUCGAGCCACAAGUGAUGAAGAUCGUCAACAAUGUACGACCAGAGGCGCAGAAAGUAUUAUUCUCUGCGACGUUCCCCAAAACCAUGGAAUCUCUAGCUCGAAAGGUAUUAGUUAAACCACUGGAAAUUACAGUCGGUGGAAGAUCAGUUGUCGCACCUGAAAUUGAUCAGAGAGUCGAAGUUAGAGAGCCGGAUUCUAAAUUCACUAGACUGUUGGAGAUCUUAGGCGAAAUGGGUGAAUUACAUAAAGAUGAUGAAGAAGAUUUCAGGACAUUGAUAUUUGUCGAUAGGCAAGAAUCAGCGGAUGACCUAUUCAGAGAUUUACUUCAAAGAGGUUAUGUUUGUGCGUCCCUACAUGGUGGAAAGGAACAGAUUGAUCGAGAUGAAGCAAUUAAGAACUUCAAAAAUGGUGAUGUACCAAUAAUAGUCGCUACAUCCGUUGCCGCAAGAGGUUUGGAUGUCAAAGAAUUGAAACUUGUCAUAAACUACGACUGUCCCAAUCAUAUGGAAGAUUAUGUGCAUAGAGCCGGUCGAACGGGUCGUGCUGGUAAUACAGGUGUCUGUAUCACUUUCAUCACUCCUUCCCAGGAGAAAUUUUCUGUGGAUAUUGUUCGAGCGUUGGAAGCGAGUAAAGCGUUCAUUUCCGAUGAUCUCAAAAAGAUGUCCGAUAACUUCCUCGGCAAGAUCAAAUCCGGCAAAGCCCGAGCAGCGGGUAGCGGAUAUGCUGGAAAAGGUCUUGAGAAAUUGGAACGAGUAAGAGUCGAGAAGGAUCAAGCCGAGAAACACACCUACGGAGAUACAUCGGAAGCAUUAUCGCUUGCGUCAAGAGAAGGUGCAGUCAUACCAUAUAAAGCGAAAACCAACGAAUACGUCAAAGGUCCUGAGAACCCGCAUAAGGGAGACGCCGAUUAUACUUUCACGGAAAUCAAGGUUGAGAUCGUUCAUGGACCUGCACCUGAUCGAGUCAUUGGUCCAGCAGUCUCGAAAGUCGCGAUGGCAUCAUUACCUGCUCAAACCAUAGCUGCACUAGAAAAAGCCAAGAAAGAAGGUAGAACAGUCGAUGCUGAGAAAUUAGCGAAAGUAGUAGCGAGGUUAACUCAAUCUAUCGAAUUGACAAAAGCAGAGAAAUUGGGAUUGGCACAACCUGCAGGAACCAAUAUAUCUGGAGUUCGAACAAAAGAUCCAGAUGCAACUGAUUAUCAUGCAAUCUUCCCUAUAAACGAUUAUCCUCAAAAAGCAAGAUGGAAAGCUACGAAUAAAGAACAAAUGACUUUAUUACAGGAAAUAUCAGGGGCAAGUAUAACUAUGAAAGGUUUAUAUUACCCUCCAGGAACAGAACCUGGAACAGGAGAAGAACCGAAAUUGAGUUUACUCAUUGAAAGUAAUGAUGAACAUAGAGUGAGGGCUGCUGUUGACGAGAUCAGAAGAAACUUGGUUGAAGCUUCAGUGGCUGCAUUGAACACUGCCGAUAGACAACCGGGUGGAAGUGGUAGAUACGCUGUGUAG